ACUGCCACACUGGCUGCACCCACGAAAGAAGAGAGAAUGGAGCUGGGCAGGUGGCUCACACCUGUGAUCCUAGCACUUCUGAGGCUGAUGCAGGAGAAUCUCCUGUGCGUUUGAUGCCUGCUCAGGCUACCUGGAAAGGCCUGCCUUCAAACGAAAUGGAGCUCAGAACCACAAGUCCAUCCCAAUGUUGCUAUGAGUUCUACACUGGGAAAUUUGAGGCAGCUAAUUGAGGUCUUAAAUCCUUGGAGUGUAAUUGAAGGAGUGGCGAGAGUGGGCGUGUCAUCGGAGGUGACGUUUCCGGAAGCUCCGACUGUCAUCCUUCAGGAAAGAACUUACUGGUCCAAUGUCUGACCAUGGGGAUGUGAGCCUCCCACCCCAAGACCGGGUGAGGAUUCUGUCCCAACUUGGGAGUGCAGUUGAAUUAAAUGAAGACAUUCCACCCCGUCGCUACUUCCGUUCUGGUGUUGAGAUCAUCCGCAUGGCAUCCAUUUACUCUGAAGAAGGCAACAUUGAACAUGCCUUUAUCCUCUACAACAAGUACAUCACGCUGUUCAUUGAAAAACUUCCAAAACACCGAGACUACAAAUCAGCCAUCAUUCCUGAGAAGAAAGACGCGGUCAAGAAAUUAAAGAACGUUGCUUUCCCUAAAGCAGAAGAACUUAAGACUGAACUCUUGAAAAGAUACACCAAAGAAUAUGAGCAGUAUAAAGAACAAAAGAAAAAGGAAGAGGAGGAACUUGCCCGGACUAUCGCCAUCCAGCAAGAGUUAGAAAAAGAAAGACAGAGAGUUGCCCAGCAGAAACAGAAGCAGCUGGAGCAGGAGCAAUUCCAUGCCUUUGAGGAGAUGAUCCAGAAGCAGGAGCUGGAAAAAGAGCGGCUAAAAAUUGUCCAAGAGUUCAGGAAGGUGGACCCUGGCCCGUGUGGGCCUCUGCUACCUGAUCUGGAAAAGCCUUGUGUAGAUGUGGUCCCCACCUCACCCACGCAGACUUCAGACUGUAACAGAACCGUGAGGCCAGCUAAGCCGCCCGUGGUGGACAGGUCCCUGAAGCCUGGGGCACUAAGCCUCAUAGAAAACGUUCCCACCAUCGAAGGCCUGCGCCACAUUGUGGUGCCCCGCAAUUUGUGCUCGGAAUUUCUCCAGCUUGCCAGUGCCAAUACUGCCAAAGGCAUUGAAACUUGUGGAGUCCUCUGUGGAAAAUUGAUGAGAAAUGAAUUCACAAUUACACAUGUUCUCAUCCCCAGACAAAAUGGUGGGCCUGAUUAUUGUCACACAGAGAAUGAAGAAGAAAUUUUCUUUAUGCAGGAUGAUCUUGGACUCCUCACUCUUGGCUGGAUCCAUACUCACCCAACCCAAACGGCCUUUCUGUCCAGUGUGGAUCUGCACACUCACUGCUCCUAUCAAAUGAUGUUACCAGAAUCCAUAGCAAUUGUCUGCUCCCCCAAGUUCCAAGAAACUGGAUUCUUUAAGUUAACUGAUUAUGGCCUUCAAGAGAUUUCAACCUGCCGGCAGAAAGGCUUUCACCCUCACGGCAGAGACCCCCCUCUGUUCUGCGACUGCAGUCAUGUCACGGUCAAGGACAGGAUUGUGACCAUCACAGACCUUCGAUAAAUCUCAGUCGUCACCCAGGGAGUUGGCUCAUUGGACAAAUCUGAAAAAUGAGCAAAUCACACCAAGCAACUAACUCAAAAAUUAGGAUGGAAGAGAAAGCAUCUCUUUAGACCCAACCACUAGCCUUUCGUCCCUCUUGUGAUUUAUCUACCAACUUGUUCAUCUCUACCUUUGGACUAAAUAAGGGCGUCUAUGCAAAACCGUGAAAGCCAUUUUGAAGGAUAUAGCUUUUUCUUCUUUGUGGCAUUACUAAGGGAGCGUAUCACUCUGGAGGGAAGUGCAUGAGGAGCCCACAGCCCCCUAUAAGUUGAUUUUGUUUUAAAAAACAGAAGUAUAUUAUUUAAAAGGUUAGGAUGUUAUUUUCUUCUGUAAUAAAACAGCUCACUGGUGUUGUGCUCUA